AUGGCGUUUUCUUCAGUUAAAAGUUUAAUCCCUGUUUUCCAAAAAACGACUGCUUCCCUGUGCAAUUUAUGCAAGAGGCAAUUUACAGUAUGCGUAGAAGGAAAUAUAGGAAGUGGUAAGACGACGUUCUUAAGUCAUUUUAAAAAAUUUAACAACACAACAGUUUUACAAGAACCAGUUGAUCUCUGGCGAGAUGUAGGUGGGACAAAUUUAUUAAAACUAAUGUACGAAGAUCCUGCACGCCAUGCUUUUUUAUUUCAAUCUUAUGUACAAUUAACUAUGCUUCAACGUCAUACUUACAAGCCUCCAUUGCCUUAUAAAAUUAUGGAAAGAUCAGUACAUAGCGGAAGGUGUUUUAUAGAAAACAUGAAACGUGCAAAACUUUUAAGUAAUGUUGAAAUAAUGGUUCUGAACGAUUGGUACGAAUGGUGUACACAAAAUACUAACUUAGAAAUAGAUUUAAUAGUGUACUUAAGAACAUCACCAACAGUUGUAUAUCAAAGAAUGAAGGAAAGAGCUAGAAAAGAAGAAAAUUCUGUAUCAUUGGAGUAUUUGAAACAAAUUCAUGAUAUUCAUGAUGAAUGGCUCUACCACCAAACAUUGUUCACUGUACCAGCACCAGUUUUAGUAUUGGAUGGAAAUAAAAACUUGAAAGACAUGAUAAUAGAGUUUGAGAAUUGUAAGAAUCAGAUUUUUAAUAGGAAAAUCUCAGAAAGAAAUACCUAA